GUGGGAUUGUGCGUAGGCUACGUCAUGUCCACGGAAAACGACUGACGAUCGAAAAAAAGAGCUCUCAUCUUUUGUAAAUACUAAAUGACUCGCCGAGCUGACUAUGGAUGCUUGUUUCUUGAUAGACUGUAGCCCCGAUACUAUUAAAGUCAAUCUGUCUAACUAAGAAUUGCUUGACGCGUUCUCCAAAUUCAAAUCGUGUUCCAAACGAGAGGGAUCUGAACGAUAGCCCAUUCUUAUACAUUGGCCUGGUAAGACGAUAACAAAAAUGUGUCUUUGUCGUUGAGCAUAACAGACAAAGUAAAACCAGUGUAUUUAGUUUCUACCGUUCAGGAUCAAAACAAAACAUUAUGCCAUUCCAUGUUAGUUGCUGAUGGUCGUAUAUUUUAGUUUAUGACAUGUUAAAAGCUGAUAAUGUUUCACUGUAGAUUGUAUCUCGUUUGAUUGGUCCAGGCAGAUGCCAGUCAAGCCUCUUUGUGCCUGCAUGGAUCCGGUUGUAGGCUUAACACAGCAGCAUGGGCAGCGCGCAUUCCAACCGGCCUAAAUAUAUCUGGUAGGGACACAGUGGGGGAAAGAGAGGGCGACAGGGCUUAGCUUUGGAUAUUUAGGCUUCGUGGUUAAAACGAGAAAUUGACCUUCUGAAACGUAGUACAGUAACUUUUUUCACCAAGGAUUCGAAGUGGGACCAACCCAAAAUGCCCGCAAUUCCGAGUUCUAGGUCCAGGACGCGGGAUCGGAACAACGUCCUGAGCAGACCCGAGUUCAUGUCCCUGAACCAGCCCCUUUGGAGCGGCAACUCGGAGAGCCAGGGAAACUCAAGGCGACCUGGUCAACCCAAACACCAAGCAAACCUGCCGUGCGACCCGCAGGAACCUACUGACAAUGCCAACAAGGAUCGGAAAGAGCCCACGAAACUGCCAGAGGAGGACUGUAUCCAGCUGAACCCUUCCUUCAAGGGGAUAGCGAUGAGCUCCCUCCUCGCCAUUGACAUUUGUCUGUCCAAGCGCCUGGGGGUCUGCGCCUAUACGUCGUCGUCUUGGGGCACGGUUCGUCCCAUGGUCACCCUACUUGCGUUCACGGGGCACGGCAUCACGUGGAUCAUUGGCACUAUCGUGUGUUUGACAAGGAGUAAUACGCUGGCGGGACAAGAGGUCCUGGUCAAUCUAUUACUUGAAUUUAAAGCAUCCCAUGGUAGAGGAUCAGAAGCAGCCCUCCUGCUUGACGUCAUGACAGUGGCCGGAGUCCAGAAGCUGAUCAAACGCAAAGGACCCUGGGAGAUGAGUCCGGGAUUCCUGGACUACUGUGUCAUGGAUGUGUACUCCUUCCCAGCGGCCCACGCCAGCCGCGCCGCCAUGGUGUCCAAGUUCUUGCUUUCCCACCUGGUCCUGGCCGUCCCUCUUCGCAUCCUGCUGGUGCUCUGGGCCUUCCUGGUGGGCAUGUCCCGGGUGCUGUUGGGGAGACACCACCUGACCGACAUGGCGUGCGGCUUCGCCCUGGGCCUUCUGCACUUCAGCCUGGUGGAGACAGUGUGGCUGUCGUCCAGCACCUGUCAAACCCUCAUCUCUAUAGGGACCCUCAGCUGGAGCUCCUUCUACUGAACACAGGGCCAGGAGUUCUUCCUGAUGUGAUCUGAGUUUUCCCUGAUCAAGGCCUACUGUCAAAGGCUGCAGUAGACCUACGUAUAGGCUUUAUCUUGAUUUCCUUUCAAUUAUGUUGUUUGUAUUUUUCUGCUGGAAACUAUCAUUUGUUUAAACUACAUAUUUUUGAGAAACAGGUGGACUGGACUCCAAAUGUGAAUAGAUUUUUGCUGUCUUUGAAUUGUGCUGUAUGUUAAACAAAAACAUGAUUGUUGUCCUGAAGAUCAGGGAUUUUGCUACAAGGUUAAAUAUUUACCCUAUCCAAAUAAGUUUCAAAAGAUAGUUUUGAUUAGUUUAAGGCAAGCGGUUUCAUCAUAGAUCUGUAUGUUGUAUAUUCCACAUUGUUUGCCUUCUCUGCUGCAAUCUAAGCAUUAACCAAGCAGAUAGACACAGUUAGUUUAUGGUGCUGAUUUCAUGCCUCGCUGAGUAACUGAAAAACGUCUGUGUGAAGUCAACUCCAGUACAUCAGGUUGGGGUUACCAUUGAUACUGUGACAUAUGUGUGUGUGUAUAUGGGUGAUUGUGUGUGUGCAUAUGUGUUACGCUCGUCAUUGGAAGGAGUAGACCAAGGUGCAGCGUGGUCGGUGUACAUCUUUCUUUUAUUGAUGACACUGAAAAAACAACAACUACUAAACGAAAUGCACAAUUCUGUAGGGCUGGAAAGCAACAGUACAAAAACAAGAUCCCACAAACUAAGGUGGAAAAAAGGCUGCCUAAGUAUGAUCUCCAAUCAGAGACAACGAUAGACAGCUGCCUCUGAUUGGAAACCAUACAACAAAGAAAUAGACAACAUAGAUUGCCCACCCUAGUCACACCCUGACCUAACCAAAUAGAGAAUUAAAAUAUCUCUGAGGUCAGGGCAUGACAAUAUGUCUGUGUGUGUUUGUAUUCCUCCAUGCAAGAUUUCUUAUGUGUGCACCUUUGUGAGUCAAACGUAAUGUCUUUUGGAGGGUAAAAGUCGCUGAGUAAACCUUUGCUGGGUAAAGUCCGGAAUGUUCACUGGCAUGUACAAAAAAUGAAUUAUACCCCAUAUCAAAGGCUUUUUACCUACUGUAUGCCUUCAUGUAUUUCAUUUAUUGGUCUUCUGCUAUGUCUUUUGGUUUGUUUUUUUGUUGUUGUGAUAUUAUGGACUUGGCAACCAAACUAUUUAAGCUGUAGCCUUUUUGCUUUCGGAUUGAGUGUGUAUGUGUGUGUGUGUGUGUGUGUGUGUAUGUAUGUAUGUAAUAUUGCAUUAGUGCAAGUCAGCAUGUUUUGUUUUGUACAAGUAUGACAAGAAAGUCAUCUUUUCAUGCAGUGUUUGAAUUUAUCCAGUCUAAUUUGCUAAAUUAAGAAGAUGGCUGGAUAGUCUUUAUAAGAUGUGGAAAAGUGGUAUGUCUUUCCUGCGUUGUUUAUGCAUGCCCAUAAAUAUACCAUUUGCCAUGA